AAAAAAUUGAACCACCACGAGGGAAACGGGAUGCAAAGAAAGCAAUAAUAAAAGGAAAAGCUGAGACAAGAUGAGACAUAAUAAUUGCCAAAGGAUAGUAGAUGAGUGGCCAAUACUCAAUAGCACUGAAGUCAAAACUGAUCAGACACGCACCACGGAAGGCACACACUUGUUCUUCUUGUUAAUUGAAAAACCAGAUUAGUUUGAUUCCAAUGGCCGGGAGCUCUUCUUCUUCUGCUGCUACUAUGGCUCAUCCUCCUCCUCCUCCUCCUACAAAGUAUGAUGUGUUUUUGAGCUUCCGAGGGGAAGACACGCGCAAGAACUUCAUGAGUCAUCUUUAUGCUGGACUUGACAGGAAAAAAAUCAAUGCCUUCAUAGAUGACAGAUCACUAGAGACAGGUGAUGAGAUCUCACCUGAACUCUGCAAAGCAAUUGAAGCAUCAAUGAUUUACGUCAUCAUUUUCUCCAAAGACUAUGCUUCUUCCAAGUGGUGUUUGGAUGAACUUGUGAAGAUUAUGGAAUGCAAGAAGAAAUAUGAAAGGGUUGUGAUACCUAUUUUCUACUACGUGGAACCAGCAACUGUUAGGCAUCAGAAAGAGACUUAUGCAGAUGCGGUUGUGAAGCAUCAAAACCGGCUAGUACCAAAGGAAGUAAUACAGAGAUGGAAGGAAGCUCUAACCGAAGCUGCUGGAAUCUCUGGCUGGGAUUCAAACGCCGCCAGAACAGAAUUCGACUUUGUUGAUGAUAUUGUAGAAGAUAUUUUAAAAAAAUUGGAUCGUUUUAUCUCAAGUUAUAGUGAUAAUAAAGGAAUGGUUGGAAUUGAUGAGCAUAUUUCACAAAUCCAGUCCUUCUCACAACUUGAGCCAGAAGCUGUUCGGAUCAUAGGAAUUUGGGGCAUGGGAGGAAUAGAUGAAAGGGUCAAACGGGCAAAGGUUCUUCUUAUUCUUGAUGACGUGAAAACUUCAAGUCAAAUUCAAGAAUUGAUUGGAGGGCAUGGAAACUUUGGCCAGGGAAGUAGAAUCAUUGUGACUAGUAGAGACCUGCAGGUGCUUAAGAAUGUUGAAGCGGAUGAAAUAUAUCAAGUCAACGAGAUGAGUUACCAAGACUCUCUACGACUCUUCACAUUGAGGGCCUUUAAACCAAACACUCCCGUGGAAGGUUAUGCAGACUUGGUAGAAGAGGUAUUAAAAUAUGCUAAAGGGGUUCCAUUAGCUCUCCAAGUCUUAGGCUCGCUGCUUUAUGAUAAAAAAAGGGAAGUAUGGGAAAGUCUACUACAAAAGCUGCGAAAACUUCCCAAUCGUCAAAUUAUCGAUGUGUUGAAAUUAAGUUAUGAUGGGCUGGAUGAUGAAGAGAAGGACAUAUUUCUUGACAUUGCUUGCUUCUAUGUAGGCCGGGUUGAGGAUGCAGUAGUGGAUUUCAUAGAUGCUUGUGGUUUCUCUGCUAAAGUUGGAAUGGAUGUUCUCAAAGAUAGGUGCCUUAUAUCUAUUUGGGAUUAUCGAGUCGUGGUGCAUGAUCUAAUACAGGAAAUGGGAAAAGAUAUUGUUCAUCAACAAUGUGCCAAUGAUCCUGGAAAACGUAGUCGUUUAUGGGACUAUGAAGAUAUUUACAAUGUUUUAAAAAAUAACAAGGGCACGGAUGCAAUCCAAUGUAUAUUCCUCGACAUGAGCACGAAAACUGUUGUUCAACUACAUCCUGAGACUUUUAAAAGCAUGCCUAAUCUGAGAAUGUUUUGUUUGGAUAGUCGUGAUAUUCAACCAAAAGUGACCCUUUCUGCAUUUCUUGAAAGUCUUCCAGAUGGUUUAAAAUUGCUUCAUUGGGUUGGGUUUCCUCAAAGAUCCUUGCCGCUUUGUCCUGAAAAUCUUGUUGAACUUAAAAUGCGUCAUAGCAAGCUUGAACAACUUUGGGAGGAUGAUCAGGAAUUACCGAAUUUGAAAAGGCUUGAUCUUGGGGGUUCUAAGCAGUUGGUUCGAAUACCAGACCUUUCAAAGUUCCCAAAUAUUGAAGAUAUAGUUCUUAGUGGUUGUGCAAGCUUAAUUGAAGUUUACUCAUCAAGUUUCCUCAGCAAACUCAAAUGUUUAAAGUUAAGGAGGUGUGUUGAGCUUACAAGUUUAAAUGUUCCUAGCAAUAUUCUAUCGAGAUCUUCUGGACUAGUGGAGCUCUCUAACUGUCGCAAGCUAAAAACGUUGUCAAUCAACAGAACCAAGGUGGUUGAAUCGCAUUUUGAUGGAUCUUCCUAUGAGUCUUGUUGUUUGAUGCUCCAUAAUUGUGAAUCGCUUACAAGCCUUCGAAUCGACCUUUGUCGGUCAAAAUUGCUGCAAAAACUUUGUCUGAGUGGUUGCUCAAAUUUACAAACUUUUCCUGAAAUUGAGGACACAGUUGAAAACUUAGUCGUGCUUCUCUUAGACGAAAUAGCUAUACAAGAACUACCUUCAUCCUUGCAUCGCUUUGUGGGGCUUCAAGAAUUGAGCUUGCGUAAUUGCUCAAGGCUUGAGAUUAUUCCUUGUUCCAUUGGAAGACUCACCAAACUCCGCAGCUUAGACCUUACCGGUUGUGAAUCACUUGAAACAUUUCCAAGUAGCAUUUUCAAAUUAAAGUUGACAGAACUCGAUUUGGAUGGUUGCUCAAAGCUAAAGACAUUCCCAAAAAUCUUGGAGCCUGCAGAAAGUUUUGCUGACAUUAACUUACCAUAUACAGCAAUUAAAGAACUGCCUUCAUCUUUGGACUUCUUGGUGGGUCUUCAAACCUUGUGUCUGUAUGGGUGUCGUAAUCUGGAGUCACUUCCAAACAGCAUUUGCAAUCUAAAGCUUCUAUCUAAGCUUGACUGUUCAGGUUGUCGCAACUUAACAGAAAUCCCAAAUGACAUUGGCCGCUUGUCAUCAUUAAGGAACUUGCAACUGCAUCGUACCAAAAUUGUGAACUUCCCAGAGAGCAUUGGUCAUCUUUCAAGCUUGGAAUCACUUAAUGCAAGUUAUACCGGAAUUGUGAACCUUCCAGAGAGUAUUGCUCAUCUUUCAAGCUUGAACUCACUUAAUGUAAGUUAUUCCGAAAUUGUGAACCUUCCAGAGAGCAUGGGUCAUCUUUCAAGCUUGAAAUCACUUAAUGUAAGUUAUACUGGAGUUGUGAACCUUCCAGAGAGUAUUGCUCAUCUUUCAACCUUGAAAUCACUUAAUGUCAGUGGUUGCAGAAAGCUUGAAUGUAUCCCAAAACUUCCACCAUUUCUGAAAUGGUUAUUGGCAUUUGAUUGCCCAUCCAUUACAAGAGUGAUUUCAAAUUCAACGUUCAAACACCCUUCAGAUUCCAAAGAAGGUACCUUCCAAUUUCAUUUCACCAGUAAUGAAGAUCAGGAUCCAAGUGCUUGUAGUGAUGUUGUGGCCGAUGCAAGGCUUAAGGUCAUAGAGGAUGCAUAUAGAUUUGUGUACUAUUGCUUUCCAGGGAGUGCAGUUCCAUAUUGGUUCCCUUAUCGAUGCGAGGGAGAUUCAGUAACUGUGGAUAAAGAUUCUCUAAAUUGGUGCAAUGAUAACAGGCUCAUCGGUUUUGCUAUGUGUUUCGUUUUGCAACAUAAAAAUACAGGAUCUGGUUCUUUAAAAUGCAGCAUAAUAGUUAAAUCUGAUGGGUGCACAUUCACCCUUCCCCAAGAAGAUCAGCUAAGAGACUCUUUCUCUUGCAGUGCUGCACAAGUGGGACAGAGAGAUCACACAUUCCUAUGGAAAUAUUACUUAACGGACUCUGUCGACGAAGGGAUCUUUCACGCCUCCAGCUUCACUUUUAAGAUCCCUAUUCCGAGCUAUCAUGAACCAAGUUAUGAGGUGAAAGAGUGUGGAAUAUGCCCCCUUUAUACCUCCAUCAUAUCAGAGAAGCGAAAACCCCCCGAAAACCCGUUAAGAAGAAGAAGAAGGUCGUCUCCCUUCGUCGUUGUUCAGAUCUGAAGCCAAACUUCGCAUUCCUCCUUCGCUGUUCACAUCUGAAGUCAAUACUAUAAAACCUUGGCUGAUCAAAGAAAAAGAAAUAAUAAUAAUUACUAUAAAACGGCUAAGGUGCUUCUAUCUUCGGUUACAGAGAAUACACAAUACUAGGCCUCUGUAUAAGAUGAAACAAUAAUGGAACCCCUGGUUGAGGGAAAAUUUGGACUGC